GGCACCGUCUGGCUCUCCCAGCCCCCCCCUUCAUUCCCUCCCCCUCCCUUUAAUCCCCCGCUGCAAGUUCUUCCCUGGCUGCUUGACGUCGCUGGGUGACGGGGCCACUAAGCUGCUGGGGGGGUGGGGGACAGGGGGAGCCAUACACCCACCCCACCCCCUGGCCUCUGCUGGCACCAGUUCCCCCAGCGCCUCCGGACCAGACGGGCACUGGCCCCGGACCAGGCCUGGGGUGUCUCCUUCCGUCCCCCCACCCACACCCCAGUGAUGACCAACCAGGUGGAGUUGGCCAUGGGGGAUGGGCCCCACCUGAGCCUGGACCCCCUGCCCAAGCCCUGCCUGGCGAAGCGCUGCGGCUGGCUCACCCGCAACCUGCUGCUAACGCUCACCAUCCUGGGGGUGAUUCUGGGCACUGUGUUUGGGGGCCUCCUGCGGCUGCUCCCCCCGCUGGACGAAGACCUGCUGGUGCUUAUCUCCUUCCCUGGAGACAUCCUCAUGCGGAUGCUGAAAAUGCUCAUCUUGCCCCUGGUCAUUUCCAGCCUCAUCUCAGGGCUGGCAGGGCUGGAUGCCAAGUCGAGUGGGCACAUGGGCACCCGUGCCAUGGUGUAUUACAUGUCCACCACGGUGCUGGCCGCCGUGCUGGGCGUGAUCCUGGUGCAGUCCAUCCACCCGGGCGACCCCAAACUGAAGACGGUAACGGGCACGGCGGAGAUGGGCGAGGAGGUUUCCAGCCUGGACGCCUUCCUGGAUCUGAUCCGGAACCUCUUCCCCGAGAACCUGGUGCAGGCCUGUUUCCAGCAGGUCCAGACGGUGUCCCAGAAGGUGCCGGUCCCGCCCCAAGUGGUGCGGCAGGAGAACGUCACCCGGCUCCUCCCGGGGAACCUGUCCCUGCUCAACGCCACCGUCACGGAGAUCAGCCUGGGGCCCAGCACCCUCACCCAGAAACGGCUGGAGUUCAAGGCGGGCAUGAACGUGCUGGGGCUGAUCGGGUUCUUCAUCGCCUUCGGGGUGGUCAUGGGGCAGAUGGGGGAGCAGGCCAAGCCCAUGGCCGACUUCUUCAACAUCCUCAACGAGAUCAUCAUGCAGCUGGUCGCCAUGAUCAUGUGGUACUCGCCCUUCGGCAUCGCCUCCCUGAUCUGCGGGAAGCUGGCCGGGCUGCAGGACCUGGAGCUGGUCGCCCGCCAGCUGGGCCUGUACAUGGUGACGGUGGCCCUGGGGCUGCUGCUGCACGGGGCCCUCGUCCUGCCCCUCAUCUUCUUCGGGGUCACGCGCCAGAACCCCUUCGCCUUCUACGCCGGCAUCUUCCAGGCCUGGCUCACCGCGCUGGGCACCGCCUCCAGUGCGGGGACGCUGCCCGUAACGUUCCGGUGCCUGGAGGAGAACCUGGGGGUCGAUCGACGCGUCACCCGCCUGGUGCUGCCCAUCGGGGCCACCAUCAACAUGGACGGGACGGCGCUGUACGAGGCCGUGGCCGCCAUCUUCAUCGCUCAGAUGAACAACAUCGCCCUGGAUGGGGGGCAGAUCGCCACUGUCAGCCUGACGGCCACCCUGGCCAGCGUGGGGGCAGCCAGCAUCCCCAGUGCCGGCCUGGUCACCAUGCUGCUCAUCCUGACGGCCGUGGGGCUGCCCACGCAGGACAUCAGCCUGCUCAUCGCUGUGGACUGGCUGCUAGACCGCCUGCGCACCUCCAUCAACGUGGUGGGGGACUCGUUCGGGGCCGGCAUCGUUUACUACCUGUCGCAGGCUGAGCUGGCAGCCGUGGACGCCCGGGCCGAGGGGCGCCCGCCCGAGCCCCCCAGCCCCAAGCUCCCACCGCUG